AUUUCCCAUUUCCCAUCCUUCAACUCCACUCCCAUUCCUUGAAUUCAAAUUUUCUUUCCCGAAACGUCUGGUCUUUGUUUGAUAACUCCGUUCGUGACAACAGGAUAUAUCCAUCGAUCCAUCAUUUCUGGCUCCAUUUUGAUCUUUUCGAAUAAGAUUUACAGGGUUUUCGAAGUUUUGAAAUCCCUUUGCUUUUCUUUCUGUCCCUCUCUAAGCGAUUUGAAACAUUUGGGGCUCACUGCUGUUGGGUAAAAAGGUGAUGGUUUCAUUGAUGUCGAGGACCGGAAGGCAUCUCCAGCGCUACGAUAAUGGACGACGCCUCAUUGCCGGAUGCAUCCCAUAUAGGUUUACAACAGAAAAGCUUAGCGAUAAUGGCGAAGGCAAAACACUAGAAGUGCUCAUGAUCAGUUCACAAAAGGGAUGCUCAUUGCUAUUUCCAAAGGGAGGAUGGGAGAAAGAUGAAUCACUAAAGGAUGCUGUUCGUCGAGAGGCUCUAGAAGAGGCCGGUGUCCAAGGAAAGAUCGAGAAAAGGCUCGCUAGAUGGACAUCAAAGAGCAAAAGGGGCUACAUGUUUCCGUUGCGUGUAACCGAGCAAUUAGAUCACUGGCCUGAGAAGCACAUUCGGGAGAGAAUGUGGGUUAGUGUUGCUGAAGCAAGGGAGAUGUGCAAAUAUCCAUGGAUGAUGAAAGCUCUUGAUCAAUUGGUGAGCCGCUACACGAGUGAUCCUGGCCAAACAAUGCGUAGAAUUUCGCCUCAUGAGAAGGAAGAACAUCCUGAUUCUCUGCAAAUAGCACCUCAUUGAUUGUGCAAUACUGUAAUUCUUCAAUUCUUUCCUUCAUUUUAAUUUACAAUGGUGGCAUUGCACCAUAAUUUAGGAACAAAAUAAGGGCUCCAAGGAACUGGCUAGUAUGUAAAGUGUAAACACUAGCUUAGGCUUGGGAUUUGAACCCAUGAUACAGCGCUUUAAGACCCAAAGGGAGGGGAAACAGCAUUCAUUGGCUCAUUAACAUUCAAUGUGCAGUCAUCAAACAAUAAAUGUUCUUGGAUUUGAAGCCACAACCCAGUGGUUCAUGUUUUAGAAUUUUUAAACCAAUGAAUCUACUUUUCAGAUGUUUA